AUGAUUCUCUUCGUUUGGUCACUGGUCUCUUCUGCAAUUGAGGUGAAUUCAAGCACGUCAUCUGAAUGUUUUCUGAUGUUUUCUUCUUUUUAGGCGGCUCGGAAGCGUCACAUUGCCAACUUCCUGCGUGCCUUAUUAGCCCAACAACGGGUCACUAGAAACUAUGAAAUGCUAAUUUGGAAAACAAUUUCUAGGUAAAGAAUGAAAAUAGAAUGCAUUAUUCCCAUACGAAUGUAUCAUUUUUCCAGAAGCUCAUCACAAUAUUUGAGUGCUCAGAGAGCCAGCUCUUCCAGACUGUACCGCCCGACUAGCGAGCCGAAAUUAGACAGCACACUAGUAUUGCAGACGGAUUUAUUUCAGGUUUUUACAGAAAAGUUUGAGGUAUUUUUAAAACAACUCUUUGCCUUCUGAAAUAUUCAUGAAAUUGUAGACUUACGGGCCAGCGAAUGGAGGUUCUGUCCGUCGCUUUGGCCAUGCGAAGAGGACUCCAUUUAUUUUGUGGUGCACGACGAAUUCAUGGAAAAACGGCAGAGGGAACCGGGAGGGGAGCCCGGAGCUCUCGAGCCAAACCUUUUCAAAGUGAGUGUGAUCAUAAGAAAAGAACAGCGUUGAUAUAUUGCAGCUCCACGAGAAAUGCGAUCGUUUGGCGGUGCACAAAACGAUGACUCGGUGUCUGUACGCGUGCUCUUUCGAAAUGUUCGUGGAUGUCGUUGACGCGUUCUCCGAGAAGCUUCUGAUUGAUGAGCACUUCUCGGUCACACGGAUUUGCAGUGAGUUCUUUCAAACCAGCCUUCACAAAGCAUUCCUUUCUCUAGGUAUGUUCGCCCCUCCGCAAGAGAUCGAACGCCUCUCUUCUUCCGCUCUCCGCCCGGAUCUCCGAACUUCCACCCUUUCGCUCGCAUCUUCUUCCCAAUUGCCCCGUCCUCUUCCGAUUCUUCAACACCUUUUCUGGGGAGAUCGUGCCGGCUCCGCCCCCUUCUCAAUAAAUGAGCGAUACGGUAGUGAGGGCAAUCUCGACGCGUCGCCAAGUCGCAGACAUCCGUAAGUUCGGAGAUAAUCUAAUGGAAAGGGCAAAGUUAUAUUCAAAGUUCAUGUUAAUCCGUUAGCAAUCACAUGUCGAGAAUGGAUUAACAGGGAAGGUGGGGACGGGUACUUCAUCCCAAACAACAUCUUCUGCUACGAGCUCUUUCCUUCCGCCCCCUUUUCCUGCCUAAUGCAAAUCCAAAUCGUUUGCUUCAAACGAAACAACGCUCUUCCGUCCUGAAGUGUCUCUUUUUCGCAGACGUCAUCCCUCUUCUUCCACUAGAAGACGCCGAUAUCGGUCCUACAACUCACCCGAAAUGAACGAUUCUGAGCAAGCCAACGCGAACAAUUUCGAUCGGGAUGAGGAAUUCCGCAGUCUUCCGAGGUACAUUCGACAUCUGAAUCAAAAGGAUUUCGAAAGUCCUAGUCCAAGGAACAGCGUAGUCAACGGGUAAGCUUCAAAAAAUCAUCAAACGUACAUAAAAAUUUUCAGAUUUAUGCCCGACGCUGUCGAUUUCAAUAGUCUACCUCGGUACAUCCGUCAGCUGGACAAGGCUAUCUGUGAUUCUACGGACGACGUGGCUUCCUAUCGAUCGGACAGGGCACUUCCCUCCUCAUCCUCGUGCAGUCAUCCUCCAACGACUUCUGAUUCGUGCACGAGCAGUCUGGCAGAAGAAACGAGAUCAGUGACGCCGAGAGAGCAAAACGGAGCACACGGAGACAUUGUCACGUCAGAGAGCCGCAACUCGAACGGUUCUGUGACAGCUCGACGAACUGCCGAGUAUCCUCCGACUACUUCUGGAUUAAAGUGACUCGCUUUAUCCCUUCGCGGAUUAAUUAAUGAAAGCGCUUUCCAGAAGUCAUUUCACAAUGGACGAGCUACGGAUGAUAGAUGAAACAGACACGGAGACUUGUGAUACUUCACGAGAGAUUGUUGAAGAAGAGGCCGAGAAGGUGUCUUAUGCAGUGAUCGCUCGACAAUACGAUAAGGAGAAUGAGAAAACGGGAACAAAUAGGAACGGGCAUGGUCCGAAGAUGACGAACGGAAGCGUGACGAUAAAAAUAGAGAAUGAGGAGAGCAGGGUCGAGAAGAUAACCAAUUCGGACAGAUGUCGUGAGUUUUUGCUCGGCUCUCCCAGUUAAAGCAAGAUUUCAGCGACACCGUACCCUCCAAAUGAUUCCGAGAGGCCGAUCAGUGAGGCAUCUUCGUGUCGCAGUCCAACUUCAGAAUGUUCUCCCCGUGAUUCGUUCUCUAAACCUCCCCGCGGCCCGGCCAAUUUCAAAGUGCCUACCAUUGAGUUCUCUCGUCUUCCUCCCCUUAUUCAACAGAUUUCACGUUCGAAACGAAGCGUGAGUUUCCUUUUCUGCCUUCCCUUGAAGCUCUUGAUUUCCAGACAUCCGUAGUAGCAACAACUGUCCGUAAUCCAGGUCAACGUCGCUUUUCCGCCUUCGCUCAACACAGUAAGUUCCUUGUGGGCCUAGUUUCCCUGUUCUUCGCGGCCACGGCCCCGCGUGCACUAAGAGCACUCGGAUGAACAUCUAUCGCUUUAUACGCCAAUUCGGGCGAAUAUCGUUGCUUCCAGGUGACCGGGGGAGGUCCGUCAGUCCUUCGUUCGAGCACUAUCAGAAUCGUUCGCUCCGUGGCUUCACUUCGGCCGCAAACCGUGAGUUUCUUCUGACUUUUACUGCCCUCGCGGCGGUCUUUCAUGAUAAACAUCACAAACGACCUUCGUCAGCAUUCUGUUUCUGUUUCUCUCGUCUGCAGGAAAGAUGUUUCUGUCAUCCGCCCUAAAAAUAGUUUCUUCCGCAAUGCUCUUUACAUCCGGAGUAAAAACAAAAACAUGCCCUUCUCUUCCUCUCCGUCAAGUAUAAAAUCAUUCCUUUUUUCAUUCCAGCCAACCGCGGAUCGUCUCGCAAUUCGUCUGUUCGGCAAGUGCCUCUUCUGCAAUUUCUGACGUCUCGCACCUCUUCAACGAAAGCGAUGUCGAAGCCGAACUCAGUGCUCGUGUACACCGGAGGAGACACCGAACUCUAUACGGAUAUCAGAACCCGUCUGACUUCUCUUCUGCCUCCAGACGAGAUCACUGUCUUCAAUGUUUCCAUUGAGGCAUUGCAAAAACAACCGUGGAUUGAGAAGUCAACUGUGAGUUGUGAAUGAAAUGAUUUGAGGUAUUUUAAACUGAUAUGAUUACAGAUCUGUGUCAUACUUGCAUCUACAAACGAACUGGAUGAUAGCGCGUGGGAGAAAAUUCAGUCGUAUUUCAAUCAGAACGGAAAGAUUAUAUUUGUGUGCCAGAAUAAGUUGCUCUCCAGCGUUGCGGGAUGUGAUUCGAGCAAAGAAAAUGCUUCGAUUCUCCGAUUCGCAUUCGGAAACCAGAGUAGCAAACUGAAAGAGACGAACAAGGACUUUGUGAAGUUCCUCGAAAAGAACAUGAAGAAGAUUCCGAAGACCGAUUCACUCAACGAAACGUUUCGUUCGAAGGAUGUCGGCGUCGGAGCUAAUUUCACUGUUGUGCUCAAGAAAGAGGCAGACGCUCCCCUGUUCCUGUACAUGCAAAACAACGGCAGUUUACAUGCUUCAGCUCUGUUCUCCGAUGCGACGACGCAAGAAUUGAUAGCUCCGAGUAAGUGUUCUUUGGAAUUUUACAAACUCUUCUAUUUGAAAUGUUUCAGACAGCAAUCUUCUGAGAGAUUCACUAAAAAGUGUGGGUGUAAACGUGAACGAGACGCAAAUUCCUCCGCUGACAAAAGGAAUUCUAAUGGCCGAGUAUGAUUCGAUGAUCGACGGAAUAUCAGGUUUACGAUUGGGAGAAGAGAUCGGAUUGGAACCACGAAUUUUUCUACGGAAAACUGAUGCCGUCGCAGAGUUCGGACUCCCGGAAGCGUCCGAGAAACUUCUGCCAAUAGAAGUUGUGAGCAGAGAUUCAGAAGCAGUAACGAGCACGGAGUUCGAUUCUAAUUUGUAUUUCAACCAACUGCAGUCGAAGAUCGGACUUGUCAUCGUGGUCGUCGAUGUGGCCACCACGACAAUGGACAUCAUUCAAAGUGUGAAUGCCGGGAUCCCUUCACUCGAGAACGUCGUCGUGGUAGCGAAUCGACAGACGCACGGGAGAGGUCGCGGUGGAAACGAAUUCAUCUCCCCACGUGGCUCCGCACUCUUCAAUUUCUCUUUCUCCAUCUUGAAGUCCAGCCGUUUAGCCAAACAUCUUCCCGUCGUCCAGCACAUCUUCUGCGUGGCACUCGUAGAAGCAGCACGAAAUCUCUCCGGCUAUCCCGACUUUCCACUUCGCAUCAAAUGGCCGAACGAUCUUUAUUACGAAAGAUCGCACAAAGUCGGAGGGAUGCUGUUGCAAUGCAAGACGAGGGACGACUCUUUCCUCGUGAGCAUCGGGUGCGGAAUGAAUGUUUCCAACCAAAAACCGACUAUCUGUUUGAAUGACAUGCUCCCGAAAGAAGCAGAAACGAAAAUUACGAGGGAGCAGCUGAUCGCGGAAACACUAAACAAAUUCACAUGUGCGUGAUUCGUACGAGUUCUCGAAAUAUCAAAUCACUUCAGAUUAUUUGAUGGACUACGAAAUAGAAGGUCCCCAACGAUUCAAAAAGAAGUACGACGAGUUCUGGCUGCAUUCGUGAGUUUCAGACAAUCUGCGAGACAUCUAAAAGUAAUAUUUUCAGACAACAAGAGGUCCUUCUCUCAGAUUUAGAUGAGCGAGUUACCAUCCGCGGAAUCGAUGACGACGGAUAUCUGCAAGUUCGAAGCAAAGCGAAUCCGGACAAGAUCUUCUCAAUUGGUGAUGACGGGAACACGUUCGACAUGAUGAAAGGACUGAUCCGUCAUAAAUACUAG